GAAACUACGGCCAGGGAGCACCAGCCUCUGGAGGUGGGGCAUCCUGUAUUGCAGAAGUAGGGUUCUCUCCGGACACCUUUUUACCAAUGGUAGAAGGCCAACCACAUUGCAAAGGCUAUCUUCCAGAGCCAAGAGCUGCCCAGGAGGACAGGGCUGGGCUGAGUGGCUGAGCUGAACACGUGAUACUGCCAGACUGCGUCCUGGGCCCUCUGUGAGCCUAAGACUGAAAUCGACAUUUGCCUCUGGCAGGAAAAUGAACUUGUCAAUUUCACUGUGCUUCACACAUUCAACCCAACGGAGCCAGGAAUUGCAGUAGCAAUUUGGCUUAGUAUCUCAAGAACCUCAGAGCUAUAAAGUGUCUUCCUACUCCACCCUCGGACCUUUGGUUCUGCUCCAGCCGCAGGACUCCAAAGACGUCACGUGGCAGAGCGGAGCCCGCCUCCUGAUGAUGUCACAGCGCUAGCAGCAGACGCGCUGAAGAAAGGAUGCUCUAGGAUGCUGUCCAGGUGGACGGCCACGCUGCAAGAUGCGGCACUGCAGGUUUUUGUCCUGUUUGGCUUUCUGCCUUGGAUUCCCCUGCUGAUGGUCUAUAAAGUGUAAGGUGGACUUCUCUUCCAGGAGUAACUAGCAUGGUCAGUGCAGGAGCCAUGAGUGCCUCUGGGAACCUAAUGGACUUCCUCGAUGAGCCCUUCCCUGAUGUGGGGACAUAUGAGGACUUCCAUACCAUAGACUGGCUGAGGGAAAAGUCCCGCGACACUGACAGACACAGAAAGAUAACCAGCAAAAGUAAGGAGUCGAUCUGGGAGUUUAUCAAGAGCCUGCUGGAUGCCUGGUCAGGAUGGGUGGUGAUGCUACUCAUUGGGCUGCUGGCAGGUACCUUAGCUGGAGUCAUCGAUCUCGCUGUUGACUGGAUGACAGACCUAAAGGAGGGGGUCUGUCUGUCUGCAUUCUGGUACAGCCAUGAGCAAUGUUGCUGGACCUCCAAUGAGACCACUUUCGAGGACAGGGACAAGUGUCCCCUGUGGCAGAAGUGGUCAGAGCUUCUGCUGAGCCAGUCAGAGGGUGCCAGUGCUUACAUUCUGAAUUACUUAAUGUACAUUUUGUGGGCAUUGCUGUUUGCGUUUCUUGCUGUCUCUCUGGUACGUGUGUUUGCACCAUACGCCUGUGGCUCUGGUAUACCUGAGAUAAAGACUAUUUUAAGUGGAUUUAUCAUCAGAGGCUACUUGGGGAAAUGGACCCUCCUAAUCAAGACUGUCACCUUGGUGCUGGUUGUGUCCUCUGGCCUGAGCCUUGGGAAAGAGGGGCCACUGGUCCAUGUUGCUUGUUGCUGUGGCAACUUCUUCAGCAGCCUUUUCUCCAAGUAUAGCAAGAAUGAGGGCAAGAGACGUGAGGUGCUUUCAGCUGCAGCUGCUGCUGGUGUCUCUGUGGCCUUUGGUGCUCCUAUAGGAGGUGUGCUCUUCAGUCUAGAGGAGGUCAGUUACUACUUUCCUUUGAAAACCUUGUGGAGGUCAUUUUUUGCAGCCCUGGUGGCAGCCUUCACACUGCGUUCCAUCAACCCCUUUGGAAAUAGUCGCCUGGUUCUCUUUUACGUGGAAUACCACACACCCUGGUACAUGGCUGAACUCUUCCCCUUCAUCCUGCUUGGAGUCUUUGGGGGUCUUUGGGGAACCCUCUUCACACGCUGCAAUAUUGCCUGGUGCAGGAGGCGUAAAACCACCAGGCUGGGGAAGUACCCAGUAUUGGAAGUCAUUGUGGUGACAGCCAUCACCGCCAUCAUUGCCUAUCCCAAUCCCUACACUCGCCAGAGCACCAGUGAGCUCAUUUCUGAGCUGUUCAAUGACUGUGGGGCUCUUGAGUCCUCCCAGCUCUGUGACUACAUCAAUGACCCCAACAUGACUCGGCCUGUGGAUGACAUUCCGGACCGGCCAGCCGGGGUUGGGGUUUACACAGCCAUGUGGCAGCUGGCCUUGGCAUUGAUCUUCAAAAUAGUCAUUACUAUAUUUACCUUUGGCAUGAAGAUUCCUUCAGGCCUCUUCAUUCCCAGCAUGGCUGUAGGAGCCAUGGCAGGCCGGAUGGUGGGAAUCGGCGUGGAGCAGCUGGCCUACCAUCACCAUGACUGGAUCAUCUUCAGGAACUGGUGCAGGCCUGGAGCAGACUGUGUCACGCCAGGGCUUUAUGCAAUGGUGGGAGCUGCAGCCUGUCUAGGAGGAGUGACUAGGAUGACAGUGUCCCUGGUGGUCAUCAUGUUUGAAUUGACUGGAGGUCUGGAGUAUAUUGUACCACUGAUGGCAGCCGCUGUCACCAGCAAGUGGGUCGCUGAUGCCUUUGGGAAAGAAGGCAUUUAUGAAGCCCACAUACAUCUGAAUGGGUACCCAUUUCUUGAUGUGAAGGAUGAGUUCACUCACCGUACCCUGGCCACGGAUGUAAUGCGGCCCCGGAGAGGAGAACCACCAUUGUCGGUACUAACACAGGACAGCAUGACUGUGGAGGAUGUGGAGACACUCAUCAAGGAGACAGACUACAAUGGCUUUCCUGUAGUGGUCUCCAGAGACUCGGAGCGCCUCAUUGGCUUUGCCCAGAGGCGGGAGCUGAUCUUGGCUAUAAAGAAUGCCAGACAAAGACAAGAGGGUAUCGUGAGCAAUUCCAUCAUGUACUUCACAGAGGAGCCCCCUGAGCUGCCUGCCAACAGCCCACAUCCACUGAAGCUGAGGCGCAUUCUGAACCUGAGCCCUUUCACUGUCACAGACCACACCCCUAUGGAGACAGUGGUGGACAUCUUCCGGAAACUGGGGCUCCGUCAAUGCCUAGUGACACGGAGUGGGAGACUUCUUGGGAUCAUCACAAAAAAGGAUGUUCUGAGACACAUGGCCCAGAUGGCAAACCAGGACCCUGAAUCCAUCAUGUUUAAUUAGCAAUAAGGCGGCAAUUAUUUUGAGAAGACCAAUAACUAUAUGAUUUUUAAAGAAAUAACCAAAUGAUACGUUAUGAUCCUAAUGAAAAAAUAUGUACUGGGGACAGCAGAAAUGAAAUCCUUGUUUGAAAGGAGGGGGAGAAGGAUGAAACUUUUUUUCAAAAAGGCAAAACCAUAAAUUAGUAAGCAUUUUAUAGAUUUAACCUCUUACAAGUUCCAAGC